AUGACCCGUAUGGCCCUGCUCGCGCGCUCUAAUAAAACCAUUGGAAAAAGUCACGUGAUGGGGGCCGGACGGGUUGACGUAAGCGGGCCGGAAAAACCUGUCCGGCCCUGCUCAAAAUCCGUCCGGCCCUCUUCGGAUGUAACCAUUAAAUUUCAUUUAAAAAGAAGCUAAAAUGACUGACAAUUUAAGCGAACACGACGAAAGCGAAUUCUACUAUCCAGAAGAGAUAUCAGACACUGAACUGGCUCAGCAAGCGACAUAUUUUGAGUCAAAUCUGCUCAAUGACGGUGAAAUACAGAAAUACAUCCGAGCACAACAGAAAACAAGUACAAUCAACAAAACUAAGUAUGACAUGAACGUACUGAAGCGCUUUUUACAAGAAUGUGGUGAAGAAAGAGAAAUUGAGAAUAUCCCUCCGCCUCAACUUGACAGUCUUCUUUCCAACUUUUACAUAAAGGCAAAAGACAAAAGACAGACAAUACUUUAUACGAACCUGAUACAAUGUCGUCCUUCUCAAGAAGUAUUCAGCGAUACCUCGACAAUAAAAAUGCAAAAGUAAACAUCUUAAAAGCUGAAGAGUUUAAGCUUUCCAGACAAGCCUUGAUGUCCAGACGACGAGAAUUAAGAAAAGAGGGCAAAGGAAACAAGCCAAAUGCUACUGCUCCUCUGACAAGCAAAGAUAUUGAUGCUAUUUUUAAUGAAAACGAGUUUGGAGUCCAUGAUCCAGAGAUCCUUUCCCGUACUAUGUGGUUCUUGAUUAYUUUGCAUUUUGGUCAUAGAGCACGACACGAAGCGAGACAGCUGAAGUUUGGAGACGUACUUUUGAAGAAAGAUGAAAUAAAUGGCAAAGAGUAUGUAGAGUGGUUCCAAGAAAGAGAAACUAAAACCAGACACGGCGAUGAAAAUGAACACCAGAGAGCUUUCCGACCAAGAGCUUAUGAGAGCGGCGACAAGAAAUGUCCUGUGGCCUGCUAUAAGCAGUUUGUUUACAGGCGUCCCGAAGAAGCCAAAAGUCCAGAAAGUCCGUUUUUUCUUGCUAUAAAUCAUAGAAGGAUGCCAAAUGAUCAAGUUUGCUUCCUAAACAGACCGAUGGGAAAGAACAAGAUUGGCAAAUUCCUGUCUCAAGCAACAAAAGAUUUGAAGUUCACGAAGUCAAAAGCCGGUAAAAUUACCAACCAUUCCGUACGUAAAACUGGUAUCACAACACUCCUGGAUGCUGGUGUUCCACACAACAUUGUCGCUCAACUGAGUGGCCAUAAGAGCCUUAAAAGCCUUGACAGUUAUGCGGUUGCCUCUGAGAGCCAACAACGAAACAUGUCGAAGAUACUGAGUCAAGCAAUCAUGUCUCCCAGCGCAACCGACUACAAGUUCAACUGCCGCUGCAGGUUCUUUUUUUGGGGGAGCAAACAUUGGAGUAUUGAACAUUCAGAAUCUUGUUCUUUCAGGCCAUGAAGAAAGUUCUAGUUCGUGUCUGGUCAAACCCAAGAAACGUCGUUUUAUGAUCGAGUCAGAUGAAGAAGACUAACUAAGUCUAAAAACGUUGAAAUUUGACCAUGAAAAUACUUAGAGUUGACAUAGACAUUCUUGAGUUCCCAAGCUGCUAUUUUUCCCCGACUUUUGACCAAAUAGCUAUUUGCGAAGUGUAUUAAAACAACUUAAAACUUUCAAUGUAUUAAAAACAAUUUUACUUCUUGAAAUGUGCCACCUGUUUACAGUGAC